AUGGACACGGGAGAGUCGUUACCUCAUUCCAAUUUACAAUCUCGUCAGUGGGCCCUAGAACAGCUGGGCAUAUCGUCCUUUGUCGAUGCAGACGGUAAAGAGCAGUUGUCGAUUCGACUUGGCUCGAGCUCCUCAGAGAAGCCCCAGUUCUCCGAAGCGGUUUUGGACAAGUCAACCGGGCAAUGGAUACCACGCACCCCUCAGCCUGCGCUCCAGAAGGCCGAGCUUGCGCAUCGCCCAUCGCGCCAUUCACUGAAAGCAGAACCAGACACUAAAUGCUGGACUAGCCAUCUCCCCCAAAAUGAAAAUGUGCAUUGGUUCUUGACCGGGGUGGAUUGGGAUACGACCGAUUUCGGGCCCCUCGAAAGCUGGCCUAUUUCCCUGAGAACCGUUGUCAGUAUUGUGCUGGCCGAUAACUCCCCCGCUGUCGUCUACUGGGGGCCCUCGUUUUCUGCUUGCUUCAAUCUGACGGCAUAUAACGAUGUAUGUCAGAGGCUUAACAAUCGUUCGGGCAUCCAAGGAAUGCCCUUCAAGGACAUAUGGGAACAGUCAUGGUCAACCUUGGAAAGCUUUUUCAGAGCGAUGCAAGAUAGUAGUCGCACCAUGAAGAGCAUGGAAGUAACAUUGUUCCCUCAACAGCCUGACGGCCGCCUUGAAGAAACCUUUUGGAGCGGGACCCUCCUGCCUAUCCUUGAUGAACGGGGCAAAGUGAACGGCUUUUACAAUCGGGCGACUGAGAUUACCAGUGAAAAGGUAAGAGAAAGGAGAUCGAAAAUGCUUUACUCAAUCAGCGCACCACCAGCCGACCCGAAUGGAUCGGUUUGGGAGCAUCUUUUCCAAGCCCUACGAGAGAACCCAGAAGACUUCCCUAUGGCUUUCGCAUACUCCGCCGAAGACGACGCCGCCUCCUGCAAGUUGACUUUACAACAGUCGCUGGGGUUACCACCGGGUGGACAUCCUCUGGUCCCCAAAUAUGUGGAUAUCUAUGAAGGAUCAACCGGGUUUCUAUUCUACUAUCGUCGGCUUAAAGCCACAAACAAGCCGAUUGUGCUUCAUCAUUUGGACAACACACUCCCUGAAAACUUUCUGGAAGGAUUUGACUGGCGUGGCUACGGUGACACUCCGAUCUCCAUGGCUCUCGUGCCCGUCUCUGUCAGCAGCAGACUGCUCGGUGUCGUAGUCUUUGGCCUCAACCCACGGAGACAUUAUCAAAUCGAAGAUGAGGCGUUCAUCCAAUCUUUGUGCCGACAGGCAUCUGCGACGAUUGCCUUCGCUGUCGACCGCGAGGAGGCACAUGAGCGCGCCGAACGGCUCACCCUACAGCUACAAGAAAGCGAGCGGCAAAUCAGAGAAAUUGCUGAACAUAGCCCCGUAGGAAUGAUUCGACUUACGCCAGCAGGAAACAUCAUCUGGGCCAAUAAACAAUACUACGAGAUGACUGGCCACCCCGUCGAAGACAAAUAUGAAUUCUCUUUCGUUGAGCCUCUCCACCCUGAUGAGAAAGAACGUAUGAUGGGAAUGUGGCGCGAACUUGUCAACGAACUGAGGCAUGUCAGUCAGGAAUUCCGCUUGCAACGGACAUGGCGACCCCCUGCCACUGCUGGAAACCCAUAUCCGAAAGAAGAAUCUUGUUGGCUGAUGGCACAUGCCUUCCCAGCUCUAGAAGACGGAAAGGUCAAAAGCAUUGUCUGUUGUAUCACCGACAUCAGCAAAACCAAGUGGACAGAAGAAGUUCAGAGCCGUCUCGCUCUCGAAGCAACCGAGGCUCGAAAGUUACAAGAAGCGUUUAUUGAUUUCGUGUCUCAUGAGAUGAGAAACCCUCUCUCAGCAAUUACCCAACUUGCAGAUGGAAUUGCUGCGUCUCUGGUCGACUGGACCUCUUCAGAUCAGUCACCAGAGGCGACACAACAACUGCUCAAGGAAAAUGUCGAAUAUGCAAAGACGAUAUUGCUCUGUGCUUCACACCAGAAGAGAAUUGUCGACGAUGUCCUGACACUGUCCAAGUUGGACUCUCAGCUGCUUUCGAUUACCCCGGUGGUGACCCAACCACAUGUUGUGGUCGAGUCAGCGUUGACAAUGUUUCGAGCAGAGUUUGCCACCCAUUCUAUCGCCAUCGAGAGCGUCGCAGACGACACGUUCGAACAGUACAAAGUGGACUGGGUAUCUGUGGACCCUGUCCGGCUGACGCAGAUAUUCAUCAACCUCUUGACGAAUGCAAUCAAAUUCACAAAACUCGAGGCUGUCCGCAAAAUCACCAUUCGAAGAUCAGUGUUUAUUGGCCACGUCCCGCGCAUAGACAAUAUUGUUUGGUUUCCUACGAAGAAACCCAAGCGUCUGCCUCCACAGUCUCCCCAACGCGGUGACGGCGAACCAGUAAACCUUCUUUUCUCGGUCUCGGAUACAGGAAAGGGGUUGGAACAAGAAGAGAUGGCCCGACUCUUUCAUAGAUUUCAUCAAGGGACAAAGAAGACGCAUAUUAAAUAUGGAGGCUCCGGCCUUGGGCUUUUCAUCUCGCGCGAACUUACCGAAAACAUGGGAGGCGAGAUUGGAGUCAUCACCGAACCGGGGAAAGGAAGCACAUUCGCGUUCUACGUGCAAGCACGUCGAGCAGUCGCUCCAAACGAUGACGUGCACGUCGUCCAACAUUCAACUCCGUCCUCAAUGUCACGGCGUACCUCUUCCACGUUCAAGGCGGAGAUUCCAAUUAGAGCAUCUCCUAGAAUCACCCCAGCCAAGAGGCCCGCUUCUGUGCUUCUUGUCGAAGACAACAUCAUCAAUGCGCAGGUGCUCACCAAACAGCUUGAAAGGGGAGGGUGCACAGUGUACAACGCAAAUCAUGGAAUUGAGGCUUUGGAUUUUCUGCCUCGAACGAGGUCCUGGCACGACUAUCGGCCCAUCCAAAAAGUCGAGACUCCGUCGUCUAAUCUGGACGUUGAUAUCGAUUGCAUAUUGAUGGACGUUGAGAUGCCCGUACUGGACGGCUUAACCUGUACCCGGCGGAUACGGGAACUCGAGCAAAAGGGAAAGUUGAAGCGACACAUCCAAAUCAUUGCCAUCACCGCAAACGCCCGGGCUGAGCAGAUCGAAGCCGCUUUCGAGGCAGGUGUUGACGACAUUUUGCCCAAGCCAUUCCGAGUGAUGGAGCUGCUAGAAAAGAUCGAGAACAAUACCAAGAAGGGCAAAGUUUCAGUCGCCGGUGAAUAG